AUGAGUAAAUCGCAUGAAAAUUGGAAUGUGUUGAAAGAAAUUUGCAGGUUUAUAAAAGGAGGUAUAACGAUAAUUGUUGGAGAAAACAAUGUUGGGAUAGACCAAAGAUUACCUGAAUUCCGAAAGAGUACAUCUUUACUAGACUUAUUUUCUCCAGAUUCAUCAUUUAGUUCGCAUUCGAGUCAUCUAAGUUUUCGGUUAAGGGAAUCUGAGGGAAGUAUGACUUUAUUUUAUAAAAUAUACUACUUUGAUUUAACAACCAGCACUUCAUUUUUGUCUAAAAAGGAAGGAUUUAAAAUUGAAAAAGUAAAAACUCGUGACUACGAGUUGCUUUACGGAAAAGAAAACGAAGAAGGACUCAACCAUGAUCAUUUUAUAAGAGAAGCUAACAAGGGGGGAUCAAGCGAAACUAAAGCCGGACUCGUCACCUAUAGAGGAUUUAAUAAAGAUAUUUGUCAUUCUCUAAAUAAAAUGGGAUCAGGUUAUUUAAAAUACAAGACCUUAGAAUCUCUGGUGGAGGAUAUAGGUGUUGGAUAUGAGAUUAAUAGAAGCGGCAUUCCAAGAUCAUGUUUCCCGACCGAAAUUAAAUCAACAAUUUUGCUAAUUGACGAGCCUGAAUUGUUCCUCCAUCCUUCUUUAAUUGCUGAUCUAGCAAGUUUGAUUAAAAGAGCCGCCAAGAAUGGCGUUACAGUAAUUUUCACCACUCAUUCACCAGACUUUUUAGGACAUUUUAUUGAAGAUUUAUCUAGCGAAGAAAAUAAUGUUGAUUUAAUUAUGAUCCAAAGGGAUGAAAAUAAUUUCAAUUUGAAAAAACCUUUGCACUUUCAGAAAAUCAUAAAAGAGAUUAUUGAUUCUGAUGUCAAAGGUAAUAUAGAGAUUAUUGAGAAAAAAAUAAAAAAAGGUUAUGAAGAAUUUGCUGACAAGAAAAGAGAAAAUGUCAAUGCUCCUAACUUUUAUUCAAAUGAUGAUCGAAAUUUAGACGAAAAAGGAAAUCUAAAAAAUAAAUUUGAGAGCAACAGGCACGAAAAAUUUUGGAGAAAAUAUGGGGAGGGAAAAAUUAAAGAUAAAAAAGGAGAAAUUCUCCAUAGUAAGGAAUACAACAUUAUCAGCAGAGCUAAAGAAGCCCUCGACAACUUGAAAAAAAACGAUUCUGCCAAACUUAAUAUUGAACCCUUAGUAUCCGCUCGCAAUUUCCUCCACAAGGCUCUCCGAGAGGCCCAAAGCGAGUUGGAAAUUGCCGGCACUAUUCAGACCUUUGAAGUUAGUUACGAACUGGCUUAUAAAACUUGUCGAAAAAUACUUAGUUUACGUGGAACUCAUGUUUAUACGGCCAAAGAAGUUUUUCGCAUAACUGGUUUAGAAGGGCUAAUUCCUAAUACUGAACCUUGGUUUGACUAUGUCGACAAAAGAAAUAUUACUGUUCAUGAGUAUUAUGAGAAAAUAAUGGAAGAAGUUUAUCCUAUCUUGCCCCAAUUCUUAAAAAAUCUUGACCUACUAAUUAAAAAUUUGAAAAAACUUUAA